UAUCCCGAAAUUAGCCUCCCUAGCUUCGACGGAGACCUAACACAGUGGCUGCAAUUUCGAGACACAUUUGAUGCCCUAGUCAACCAAGCUAGCUUAGCACCGAUCGUAAAAUAUAAGUACCUACGCAGUUGUUUACAAGACGGCGCACUUGAGGUAAUUAGUUCGCUCGAUUUCUCCGAGGACGCGUACAUGCUCGCGUGGCAGAUGCUUUGUGAACGUUAUAAUAAUCCUAAACGUUUAGUCACCAACCACAUGCGAGCCUUGUUCGACGUGGAACCGGUACCGUCAACUCCUUCGGGUCUAAGAGGAUUUCAAAACCUUCCUAAAGAACCGAGCUGACCGGCUGGAAGCGACCAGCCCAGCAGUACCAUCGGACGCACCCAGCACUUCCAAGAAGGCCAUGGUAACCACGUCCGAACCUAUCAAGGUAACCUCCAAACAGUUUAAAUGUAACCAGUGUCCGUAUUGUUCGAGUACGCAUUAUAUUAAUCAGUGUCCAAAGUUUAGUGCAUUAAACGUUAUCGCGCGCAUCCGAGCCGUGAAUAAAUUACGAUUAUGCUUUAAUUGUUUGUCCGGAACGCAUGUCUUAACAAACUGCAGGGCCAGUACAUGUCGAGUAUGUAAGGGCAAGCAUCAUACGUUACUACACAAACCAAAUACCAACACUCAUGUAGGUAGUAACCCCGUACCAACGCGAUUACCAAUAUCAACGUUAAUCGACGAACAACCGAGUUCUAGUCAAAUCGAGACUACCUUGUCGAAUAACACUUUAAUCGAAAAACAAAUAAACAAUGCGCGAAAUAGGUCAGUUUUCCUUACAACAGCCCAAGUGCUCGUUAGGGAUAAGCAUAACAAUGUGCAUAAAAUGAAGGCAUUUUUAGACAAUGGCUCGCAAGAAAAUUUCAUUACCGAAAACGCGGCCAAAAAGUUACAAUUAAACAAGGAACAACUUGCCUUAAAUGUCAUAGGUUUCAAUGAAAAAGUGUCUAGCCUUUUAGAAUCGUGUGACGUAACAUUGCAUUCCUUAGACGGAACCUUUACAACGAAUUUGUCCUGUUUUAUUACGCCUAUAAUUUGUACUACCAACAUUUUAAUACCAAACGUGCAACGUUGGCACAUUCCGUCGCGUUAUAAAUUAGCUGAUGACGAGUUUAACUUAGCUCAAGAUGUAGAUUUGCUUAUCGGUGGGGAGAUAUUCUUUGAUUUACUUCUUACCGGUAAAUACAAGCUCGGGCCCGGAUUACCGGUUCUGAGACGCUCGCGAUUAGGAUGGAUAGUCACGGGUUCCGUACAAAAAAAAACCGAGUCUGCCAUUCAAUGUAAAGUUACAGUAGAAACUCAAUUAAAAAAGUUUUGGGAAAUAGAGGAGGGUUCCGCACCAAAUUUACCCUAUGAUGAAAAACAAUGUGAGGAUAUAUUUCUGAAAACUCACACUCACAACUCUGAGGGUAAUUUCGAAAUAGAACUUCCAUUAAAGCAGCCACCUACCAAGUUAGGUCAAUCUAGGCACAUAGCAUAUCGGAGGUUCAAAACAUUAGAAUCCAAGUUCGAGCGGAACCCCGAAUUUAAAGAUAAAUAUGUGAAUUUCAUGCGCGAGUUCGAACAAGCUGGCCAUAUGAUUCAAUUACAAGAUAAUUAUGAUGGCCCAUGUAACUUUCUACCCCACCAAGCUGUUUUUCGCGACUCCCCCUCAACCCCUAUUCGAAUUGUUUUCGACUGCUCAUGCAGAACUGAUAACGGCAUUUCUUUGAAUGAUAUCCAAUACAAAGGCUCAAUAAUACAGGACGAACUCAUAAAUAUACUUCUACGAUUCCGAAAAUACCAAUAUGUUAUUAACGCUGACAUACAAAAAAUGUACAGAUGUAUUUAUGUUAAACCAAAUCAACAAUACCUACAAUGCAUAUUUUGGCGGGAAAAUACUCACCAACGACUCCAAAUUUAUAUGCUGACCACAUUAAGUUUCGGCUUAAAGUCAGCACCACAUAUUGCAACCAGAUGUUUGUUACAAUUGUCAAACGAAAACCAACACACAUUUCCAGCAGCUGCAGAGGCCAUAGCGAACCAGUUCUACAUGGACGAUUUUAUCGCCGGCGGCGACGACGAGAAUCAAGCUGGAAACCAACCAGUUAUGGUGGUCUGGGCCGGCGUGGUUGACCCAAAGUCCGGACACAUGGCCGACCCACGAUUCUGAGUCACUAAAUCAUGCACCCGAGGCCGAGAGCGACGUAAACAUAACUCUCACCUUGGCUAUUAGCACAGAAUCUAACGACACGAUACAAUAUCUUUUCCACAGGUGGUCAAGCGAUAAAACACUUAUUCAUGUAUUAGCAUACAUACUUCGAUUUAUAUAUAAUACAAAAAAUAAAACUCGAACAAUUAAUCCAAAUAAUAAAUUAUCAGGACCAUUGUCCGUAGAAGAAUUAAAAAAAUCGGAUCACGCAUUAAUUAGACAUGCACAAAUGGAAUCAUUCCCACACGAAUAUAAAUUAUUGCAAAACAAUAAACCGGUUCUUAACAAAUCAAAAAUAUUAUCUUUACACCCAUUCAUGAAGGACGGACUCGUUCGCGUAGGCGGACGAAUCGGUCUUUCGCAUUAUGCAUAUGAAAAAAAACAUCCUUUAAUAUUAAGUCACGAGCACGCGCUUACCAAACUACUGAUGGCAAACGCACAUAUACGUACUCUGCACGCUGGCCCUCAGUUAUUACUUUCAACUAUUCGCGAGCGCAUCUGGCCAACAAAAGGUAGGAUGUUAGCCUCGAAAAUUGUAAAUAAAUGCGUUCCGUGUUUUAGAGCAAAUCCAAAGACUACUAACCCUAUAAUGGGAAACUUACCCCCCUCAAGGGUAAAUCCUUCCCCCCCCUUUGCUAUCACGGGUAUCGAUUAUGGAGGACCUUAUAACAUUAGAGAUAGGACAGGGCGUGGUUACAAGGUCUCUAAGUGCUAUAUAGCAGUGUUUAUUUGUUUUGCAACAAAGGCAAUUCAUCUCGAAUUAAUUACAGGGCUCGAGUCAGCCAAUUUCCUGGCGGCGCUGCGACGAUUCAUCGCCAGGAGAGGUAAACCGAAGGAGUUGGUGAGUGACAAUUCAACAACCUUUCAUGGGGCUAGUAACGAGCUAAAAGAUUUACAAAAAUACCUACAGGACAGCUCGAGCGAGCUAGUAUCUCAUUGCGCAGACGAGGGCAUAAAAUGGAGUUUUAUUCCUGUCUAUACACCUCAUAUGGGGUCCCUAUGGGAAUCUAGUAUAAAACUUACCAAAUAUCAUUUAAAAAGAGUGUUAGGGUUAUCUUUGUUAACUUACGAACAAUUUGUAUCAAUCCUAUAUCAGGUAGAAUCUAUGGUAAAUUCUAGGCCACUAUGUCCCUUACCUAGUUCAAAUCCUGACUAUCCUGUCCUUACGCCAGCUCACUUUUUAAUUGGAAAAGCACCAAAUUCACUUCCGGACGAAGAUUAUAACCAUGUACCAAAGAACCGAUUAACUCACUAUCAACUUUUGCAACAAAUCACGCAGGACUUCUGGCGGCGCUGGUCACGUGACUACAUCGGAACGCUGCAGGAACGCACGAAGUGGAGGAGCGCGCGCGGCCCAAGCCUCGCAGUCGACACCGUCGUCCUGGUACGAGACGAGCGUCUGCCGCCCUGCCGGUGGAGGCUGGGCAAGAUCGUCGCGACGCAGCCGGGCCGGGAUGGCGUCACCAGGGUGGCCGUCAUCCGAACUGCCAGAGGGGACAUCCAACGCGCGUUCAAUAACAUUUGUCCAUUACCUACUUCGGGUGAAGUCAUAUAAGUAGUAAAUACCUACCAACAGUACCAACCUAAUGUAAAGUUCAAAUAAUUAUAACUAAGUGUCAAAUAAGUAUAAUUAAAUACCUAAAUUACCUUACUUACCUAGUACCUAUGUACAUAAUUAGAAUACCUACUCCCUAUUUAAAAUAAAAAUCAUUUCCUA